AUGCACUUCUCUAACUCUGUUGUUUUAUUAAUCGCUGCUUCAUUGACAGUUUCCAAUGCUUUCCAAUAUAAAAGACAUGAUGGACACGAUCAUGGCGAAGAAACUACCAGUGAAACUGUUGCUGCUGUUGCCACUGAAUCUGAAUCCCAUGAAGGCCAUGACCACGGUGAAGAAACUGUCACUUCAACUGUUGCUACUGAAUCCGAAUCUCAUGACGAUCAUGACCAUGACCAUGACCACAGUGAAAGUUCUGUUGCUCAAACCACUGCUGAAACUGUUACUGAAACUACCGCUGAAACCACUGUCACCACUAUAGCUCCAUCUUCUUCUCCAGAUACCACUUCAAACACUGUUGCUAAUACAAUUACAAGCUCAAGCGCUGCAUCUGAAUCCUCUGACGACCACUCUGACCACGACCACGACCACUCUGAAAGCUCCUCUACCUUGGCCACCUCUGUCGUCUCUGGAAGCGCUGCUGGAUCCAAUGACACAGAAAUCUCUCAAAACACUGCCAAUGGUGCUUACAAGGCCUCGGCUGGCCUUGCUUUGCUAGUUGGUGGCUCCCUCUUCGCCCUUUUAUAG